AUGAGUUUGGAAAUUGAAGAUGAAGAGAAAAAGUUACUUUCUCACUUUUUACAAUUAUCAGUACAAAGAAAGAUACAAGGAUUCCGGUUAAGACAAGAAUCAAAUAUAAAUAACACUGAUUAUAGAAACUCUAAUAAUAGAAAAUUUUCAAAUGAUGAAGUAAAAAAUUUAUAUUCUGAAUACUUUAAAGCUAUUAACAUUAUUAAAGAGUUAAUGAAUGACAGAUUUGACCAAGAUUUUAAUGUAAGAGUUGUAUUAAUAAAGAAUUUGGAAAAGAUUAUGAAAAUUGACCCAAUACUUACUUGUCUAGUUACCGUUAAACUUUCAUAUUUGAUUAAUGAUAAUAAUAUUAAUGUAGUUAAAGCUAUAAUUGAUAUGUUAUAUAAUCAAAUUGAAGUUAUUAUUUCUGACUUACUUUUACCUUAUUCAAUUAAACAAUUAUUAAUUGAAAAAGAGGAAAGCUAUAAACAAAUAGAAGAGUCACAAAACUUUGAAGGAAUACAAGAAAAUGGUUAUGAUAGAGAUUUUUGGUGGGAUUCUGAAAUAUGCAAAGAAUUAAAUUUGGCAACAGAUAAAUCUUUAGAAAGUUUUUAUUCAAUAAUUAAAUUGAUUUCAAAUAUAUUAGAAACUUAUGGUAAUGGUGGAAUAAUAAGUAAUAAACAAAAAGAUAAUGAAUUAGUUAUCUUGAAUUCUUAUCAAAUAGAUGAUGAAUGGAAAAAAGAGAUAUUAUAUAAAAAGACACUUAAAUUGUCUUUUAAACUAUUACGAAUAUGUAUGAUUAAUACAAAUAUAUUACAAGAAGUGAAAUCAAAUAUAAUAAUAGAGACAAGAAAUAGAGUAAAUCAUCAAUAUUGGGAUUAUCCAAGUAGUUUAGAUUUAAAUCAAAAGAAGAAUUCAAGAGUUAUGGUAACUUUAAACUCUCAAAAUAACAGUAAAUAUGUUUAUUUUAAUCAAUUUGGAUGUUUAUUACCAAUAGAAAUAGUUUUAUGUAAAAAGUCAAUUUCAGUUUUUGAGAACAUUAUUAGAAGUAUUUCAGAUUCAAUAGAAUGCUCAGGAAAAUUCUUGUUGAGAUUAAAAUGUAAUAAUUAUUUAAAUAUAUGUUACUGGAUUCAAUUUAUAGGUUGGCUUUGUAGUACAAAGGGAAUUUAUCUUAAUAGAUUCAUUUCUUCUAUAGUAGAAUUUUCAAAAGAUCUUUUCAACCAAACCGAUGAAAAGGAAACUGAGAAGGUAAAUGCAGUGAAAUUCGUAUUUCAAGAAGAACUAUUGCGUAUCCUUGCUUCAGCACACACUUAUGAUAAUAUAAUUCUUUUUGGUGAAGUUAUUAGUAUUCUUAAUAAACUAGGAAAGAAAGGAAACCUUCAUGAGCUUAGACAAGAAGCUAUCAAUAAAUUCAAUAAAAAUAACAAUAAUAAUGAUAUCAGCAACGAUGAUAAUAAUAAUAAUAAUAAUAAUAAUAAUAGUGAUAACAUGCAAGUGGAUGAAAAGGGCGAGUCAUCAAAUGACAUUUUCCCGCCAAUUCAUGCACAAAAAUUACGUGGUAGAUCAACAAGAUAUUCAUAUAAAAGAAUGAAGUAUGAUGUAGAUGAUGGUUUUUAUAAGAUUUCCCCACAAAGCGUAAUAGAAGGAGUUAGUUGGUUAUUUUCAACAAAUUCGUAUUCGAAUGUUAUAGAUAUUGCGAUAAAUAACUUUUUGAAUUUGAAAAUACCAAGUAACUUAUUUCUUGAGGAAGGAAAUAAUCAAGAGUGUAAUAGACAAAAGAAGAAUUUGGAUUUAAUAUUGAAUUCAAGUAAAUUUCCAUGGACAAAUGAGUUUUCACCCUUAGAUAGUAAUAAAAAAUUGGAUUUUAAUAUUCAGGAUGAGAAGCAAAAUAUAAAAGAAGAUUAUGAAAAAGAGAUUAAGAAAUUAGAUGAUGAAAUGUUUGAUUUUAACUAUCAAAAUAAGGAAAUAAGACAGAUUCUUGAAUCGGAUUCAAAUAUUGAUUCAAAUUUUAUUGAAGAAAGUUUAAAUAAUAAAAAAAGAACUUUAAGCACUUUAGUUAAAGGAGAUAAUAUGAUAACUGAAGAACAAUAUGAAAUGGAAGGCUUAAAAAACGCAAUAAAUACUGGAACUUGGAAAGAAUUAAAAAACAAUUGCAAUAGCAUUAAAUCCAUACUAUUUUCUCAAAUAAUUACAGGUGUAUUAGUAUCACCAGUUGUAGAUAUAUCUACUGAUGGAUUAUAUAAAGUUUCAAGAACAUUAUUAAAUAAUAAUCAGUUAAUGAAUGUAUUGAAAUAUGGGCAGUUAAUUUUAACAUCUUGGGAAUUAUUAUUAAAAAGAAUUAGUGAAUCAGAAGGCAAAGAUAAUAUUACUUGUAAUAUUGAGACUUACGGUGAAGGUGUUAAUAUAGCUUGGAAUUUACUUGUUGAAAGAAUUACUAAUGCUUUUGAAAUAUUAUUCUACAAAUAUAGACUUUUGAUAAGAUUAAUCCUAAACAAAGAAAGAACUCUUUUAAACAAUAAAAAUGACUUAAAAAUGGAACAGGUCUUUAUUGAAAUUCUGGUCAAAACUUUGUUAAGCGAGACAAAAGAGCUAUUAACAAAUAUCUUACUUAUAACGAAUAUUAAUGAUGAGGAUUAUAAUAAUGAAAUUAACGAAGAUUAUUUCAUUUAUUUGGAUAAUAUACUUUAUCACAAUAAAUUAAAUUUACAUAAUAUUCAGUGUAUGAAUGAAAGUUCCAUGGAUAAUAACGAAGCAUUAAAUACUUCAAAUAAUCUAAAAAAUAUUAAUGUAGUAUUUAUUCUAUGGAUAUAUAAUUUUGUUUUAGAACAAAGAAUUAAAGUAUUACAUAAUCUAUUCUUUAGAUUUUACCAUUUAGAUUCAAAAAUUAAUCAAAAGGAAUUGAUUUUUGACAAAUUAUUUCAAUGGAUUAUUAAUGAAAAUGAUAUGAAUAAUGACAUAAUUAAUGAAGAAAAUGAAAAUCAAGUAUUUUUCGAUUAUAAUAAAUUAUUCAUUUUUUGUUUUAAUAACUUCACAAAAUGCAUCUCUGAUUUUGAGACAAAAAGCAGUAUCUUUCUUUCCCAACUUAAAAACCUUAUCAUGAAUACACCUAAAAUACCCAUCAAUUUUCUGAGAUUAUUAUUUAACCAAUGGAUAUUCUCUAAUAAUUAUUGCAUGCAUUUGUCCACAUCAAAUAAUGAAGGUGCCGCUCAAAUUAAUAAUGAUAAUAUUUUAGUAAAAAGAGAAUAUGCAUUAAAUAUAUUUUAUGAAUUAUUAAAUUCUAAUUACCCAAUUGAUGAUAUAAGAAAAGUUUCAUUUUUUGUAAUGGUUGUAUCAUUUUUAAGUUAUAACUCAAAUUCUAACCAUUUAAAUUUUUUUGAUAAUAUUUGCUUAUUUUUGGAAAAUGGGGAAGCUAUGCAUAUAGAUGUGUCAAAUUCUGACAACUGUGAGGCUAAAAAUAGCUCAAGUCAUAAUAUCAAUUUCUUUGAAUUUACUAAAGAAUUAUUUAAAGUUGACAAUAUUCAAAGCAAUAAGAGGAUUAAUAUUCAGUUGACACAAAUUUGUAAUCAACAAAACGCCUUUGUUGAGAAUUUAAUUUCAGUAUUAUAUUUUGAAGUAAAUGAGAUUAAUACAGAUUUUCAAAAUAAUGAAAUUGCCAAUUUAAAGACUUUUUUGACUGAAGAAAUGAGUAAUUGGAAUAACAUUGAAGUUUAUGGUGAAAAAUGGAUGAUUAUAUUAUCAUUUAUUCUUGUUUCUAGUAUAGUUCCAGAUGAAAUUAGCAGUGAUUAUAACGACAAAAUAAUUACUGAUUUGUUGAAUACAAACGAAUUUAUUAUAUUGGUGGGAAAAAAUAUUUUAGAGAUGAUCAGAAAUGAGUUAAUUCCAAAAUACAAAAAGACAUAUGAUUUAAAUAAACAUAUUUUUAAUUACUUUAGAGGAAUAAUUGUAAAUGAUUUUGAAGAUGAACAAGAUAAACAAGAUUUUGGGAAUGAAUUUAAUAAAUCUAAAUUUAAUGAAAAAAUUCAAAAUACUGUAGUAGAUCAUAAUCAAAGUAAUAAUACCGUAAUGGAAACAAUGGAUUUAGAAAAUAAUGAUCAGAAUACAGAAGCAUUGUAUUUGGGUUAUCUUGAAGAUUUAUUUUCUAAUUCUUGUUUAUUAUUUAAAUACUAUUGUUUACGUUAUCCAUCCUUAAUCAAUUGCUUAUUUAGAUUAUAUUCAAGAAUUAUUCAUGAAAUAAAUAAAAUUCAAGAGAAUAAUAAUAAUAAUUUGAAGAUUUUUACAUUAUUAAAUAAAAUUAAGGAGUUAUAUGAUAAUUUAUUUAGAGAAAUUGUAUUAUUAUUCAAACAUCAUUAUACAAAGGAAAAUAAUAAUUUGGAUAUUUUAAUAAAAGAAUAUUUGAGAAUACUUGAUAUAUAUUCAAGUGAUCAUAUAAAAUAUAAUUACUUAAUUGAUUUUAUUAUUCAAAUACUUGUGAAUAUUAAUUUCAGUAAUAUGGAACUAUGUCUAAAGGUAUAUAAUAUAUUUAAAAAUACACAAAAUAUAAAUAUAUUAAUACCGAUUAUUGGAUACUAUGAUUUACAAAAAAUUAAAGAAUUAUUACCAAUUAUUAUUAACAAAUCAGAUAAAUCAAUGAUUAAAGAAUGCAUUAAAAAUAUAGUCACAAAUCCAUUUGCUUUAAAAGACAAAAUCAUAUCAUCUUCUGAUUUAUUAUUAUUAUUAAUAUCAUAUAGUUAUCCUGAUGUAAAUUAUGUAGAUAAGAAAAAAACUGUGGAUAUUAUAGAUUGUUGUUUCGAAUUAACACAAAGUAAUCCACCAAUAUUUGAUUCAGAAAUUAUUGCAUCAGUAAUUGGUAAAAUUGUUCAAGAUGAAAAGUCUGUAUUCCCAAGAACACUUGGAAGAACCCUUGUAUUAUCAGUAAUAUACUUACCAACAGUUCGUUCAUUUAUUUCAUCAUUCGUUAUCUCUUCUCUAAUAAGAAACUAUAAAGUAUGGGAAGAUACUUUAACUUGGAGAGGAGUAAAACAUUGUAUUCAAAAACUUUGGUGUGAUUAUAAAACUUCAAUAUUUCCAAGUUUAAUCUUACUCCCACAAACAGAAUUUCAGGGAAUAUUUAAUGAAUUAAUUGAAACCAAUUCUGAUUUAAGAGUUGAUUGUUUGGAUAUAAUUAAGAGAACGAAUUUAAGAUCAAUACCACAAUAUGUACAAGAUGCGCUAAAAAUUUGA